CAUACUUUUAACGAAUACAAAUAUAACUUUUUUUUGUAAAUUUAUCUUUUUUAUUCUGUACCAUUUUAACAAGAACUGCUGUAAAAUUGGGACACACAGACAUACAAAACUCCACCGUGGCUCAAGAGUAUGCUGCGUCUAAUAUAUAUAUACUAUGGAACUCUGUGUCCCGGCUGGACAACUUUGCGAGCCCUUAGUCAUGGCCAGAGGCACUUCAUCGUUCUCUGGUUAAAAUACUGGGUGAUCUAUGCCUUCCUCCAGGGAUUUGCAGUCUUUACAGAUUUCCUCAUCGGUGGACUGCCAUUUUACGCUGCUCUUAAGCUGAUCCUGUCCAUAUGCCUAUGGUUCAGUGCCCCGUACAGCACCAAUCACUUAUUUAAUUUGAUCGGGAAGUACGUUUUGGGAAAGCUCGAGCCAACUAUAGAUCGAGGUGGUCGCUGGCAUGAUGCUUUAGGUAGGAAGCUCCUUCACAGCCUUAUACAAUUACCACUGGCAACAACGGUUGUCCCAAACAAUAAGGACGAAGAGAGGAAAGGACCCCGGCUCAACGGCCAUCUCUUGAAGCGAGAACUGGCGGAUCUCAUGGCCGAGAUUGAAAAGGAUAAGGCCGACAAACGAAGAAAGCACGAAGGGUGCAAGAAUCUCCGUACCCCUCUAAUGGAAUCUGGAGAACGACGAUUGCAAACUUCUUCCCUAGACAGGUUGGAUCGCGAUUCUAUGCACAACAUCAUCGACUAUCUGACCCAGAGAUUGGAGAAUCAACAGCCGGGAGAUAAUAGGCCAAAACCCUGGCGAUGCAGCAACAGAAUCAACUCAGGUCAUCCCAAGUAGAUUCUUGAACUGUAGUAUUACUUGUUUUCUUGCCCUUGCAAAUGUCACCGACUAAAUGCGGAAUCUGAUCUGAUCGGAUUAUAAGGAA